AUGGGCAGCUACCAGUUGGUGCCUAUGGAUAAAGGUGGAUGGGGUAUCAAGCUCCCUAAUGGUACCUGGACAGGCAUGAUGGGCAUGUGCUAUCGAGGGUGGCCUCCGUACGUGAACCGCAAGGGUGUGGACCACAUAACUGGAGUGAUGAGCAGGGUUCUCACAGUACUUUCUGAUCACCUCUCCUUCUGCUACCAGUUGGUGCCUAUGGAUAAAGGUGGAUGGGGUAUCAAGCUCCCUAAUGGUACCUGGACAGGCAUGAUGGGCAUGUGCUAUCGAGGGGAGGUGGACGUAGUACUUGGUCCAGCUGGAAUCAAUGAAGACCGGAUUGCAGAUUUCGACUUGAGUAUUCCACUGUUUUACGACCAACAGGUGAUCGCCUAUCAACGUCCCAAACUGGAACCUGAACUACUGGGCUUCAUCAAGCCUUUCACUCCCAUGGGGGAAUAUGCUACAAUUACCUCACUGUACGGCGGGUUUUGGGCCAGGAAAGGCAGCGUUAUUAUGGACUGUAUGAAAGAAGGUGACAGGAUGGUAUUGCAUGAAAGAUUCGCUAUCAUCGUCGACCAUACAACCAUCCUGACCUUACUACACAACUUGUUCUCUAAGGUAACUCCAUCGUGGUCUAAGCAAAAUAUUGAAUACAGGUGGAAUUCAUUCGUGAGGCGGCUGCAGGAGCACGGUCUACUGGCACACUGGAUGAGACAAGAGCUGCUUAACUCCACCUACUGUCUUACACCGCCUGGUUCGGAACCCAUUGAGCAGCGUGCCUUACAGCUCAAGGACUUUUACGGCGUCUUCUCCCUUUUUGGCCUUGGUAAACAGCUACACUCCUUACAACGUUCAGUUCAUGAUCCUUAUCAUUUUCUCUAA